AUGGCUCGCUUUCAAAAAAUUGAAGAUUUGAUGGAAAAAUCAUCAAAGAACCCCAAGUUAUUAGCUGAAUCCAUUAACAGUUCAAGUGAAGGUAUUGAUAGAAUAAGCUACGUGCCUGAUGAUAUACUUCACAAUAUACUUUCAUCUCUUUACAUUUUUGAUGUGGUUAAGUUAGGGAUUUUGUCAAAAAGAUGGAACUAUAUAUGGAGGACAAUGCCUUACUUGCAUUUCGAUAUUAUUCGCUUUGGUAAUGAACGGAUUAAUCGGCCUUGGGACUGGGAAAUGGUUAAGACAUUCAAUGAUUUUAUCCAUUGGGUCUUCAUUUCCCAAUGCGCGAAUAAUCUUGUUUGCUUUAAGCUCUAUUGUGGCAAUCUUUUUGAUGAGGGAGCUAUUUUCCGUUGGGUUCGUGUGGCAAUAAGGCGAAAUGUUCAAGAACUUGUGUUAAGUUUUGGUCCUACUGAGCCAUUUGAGUUGCCAUAUUGUGUUGCGACUAGUGAAUCUUUACGAGUUUUGAAAUUACAGCUUAAUGGGGCCAUACUGAAGGUGCCUAAUCAUAUGGGAUUUUCCCAGCUCAAAUUGCUUCAUCUUGUGGGAGUUGAGUUAUCAAACGAGCAUUUGACCAGUUGCUUGUUCUCAAAAUGUCCUGUCCUAGAAAAAUUGAUACUGGGAGAUUGUACUUUUGGAACAAUGACUGUGCUUGAUAUUGCUUCGACGUCUCUGAUUUAUGUGUCUCUACUAAACUAUGCUAACUAUGCAGAAAGUUACAGCAAUUGCAACAUCAAGAUUUCUUGCCCGAAUCUCAAGGUCCUGAAAUAUGGUGCUCCAAUGGCAAAGAAUAUAAUUAUAGAGAGUCUCUUCUCUAUAGAAGUUGUUAACCUCUUCUUUUUUGAUGCACAUGGUCUAAUAAAAGAAAUUGGCAUGUGCGUGCUUAAGAUGAUCAAGAAUGUCCCUUCUACAUCAGCUUUGAAAUUAUGCAUGGCUUCCGUUUCCGGUCUGUAUAAUGUAACACAUGGACUAAGAAACUUCCCGGUCACAUUUUAUAAGCUCAAGUCCUUAAAAUUGAAAGUGGCAAUUGAUGAUAUUUGCAUGGAAGUCAUGAUGCUAUUGCUCAAGCAUUCUCCUAAUUUAGAGGUUCUUAGUUUGUUUUCCGAUGAGAUUGAUGGCUGGGAUGAAAACUGGAAGCUGCACGAACCUAGUGAAAGCUUUAUGUGCUUGGAAUCUCAUCUAAAAUCGAUUAAGUUGGCUGGUUUCAAAUACGAUGACAAUGAGAUGGAGCUACUAAGGUUUUUCCUGAAGAAUGCACAUGUAUUAGAAAAACUAAUUAUUGUUUGGGAUGACCCCGCUGACAUAUCAGAAGAGGCAUCAGAGGAGGUUUUGAAGUUUCCUAGAACUUCUUCACAUGUUGUUGCGACAUUUCUUGAUGUCAACUCCAAAUCAAGAUCUCGUUACCGCUACAAUGUAGUCUAAAAGUGGUUUUGA